AUGUCCAUCUCCUCGUCACAAAAGUCUGCAAGAAACCGCGCCAAGCUUCAACUAAUGAGAUUGCAGGAAGAACGGGCAUUUCAGCAGCAGCAAGAAGAGCGCAGAAGAAUCGCUGAGGAAAAGGCAGCCCAGGAGUAUAAGGAAUAUCUGGACAACAAAUAUAAGAUUCUGGAGGAUUUAGCGAGCGAACGAGGAUCGAGUCGGAGCUCUAACUUCUCUCGUCGUCGGGUUGAAGAAUGGGUGCAAGCAACUAACCCUACACCCUUAGACACAGCCAAAACCGCCGCUCAGGAGCAAGACGGCCUGCAAGAACAACAACAGCAGGAACAUCGGCGUCAAGAGUUUGUCGAGCAACAGCAGCAGGAACGGUUGCGGCAAGAACAGCUUCGAGAAAAACAACAGCAGCAGGAAGCGACACUGCAAGAACAACAUCAGCAACAACGGUUGCACGCAGAUCAGCUACGGAAGCAGCAGCAGAGUCAGUUGGAGAGAGAGCUGCAAUUUCGGCAGUAUCAACAGCAGCAGCGGCAAGAGCAAAUACGUCAGGAGAGUCUUCUGCGACAGCAACGGGAAGAUUUGAGGAAGGAAGCGGAUGCCAUCAAUCGGAUGUGGGAACAGCAGUUGGAACAGGAGAGAAUUCUACGCGACCAGCAACAACAGCUAGCGGAUGGUCAAGGGGUCAUGCGACGACCAGGAAAUCUAAUUCAAUGCAACCAGAUGCCAGAACCACAACUCAACCCUCCACCGGUGAAUCUCGAAGCAGAGUCAUGCAGAGAGUCGAUACGUGAGCAACCUGGACAAUUCCUUCCAGACGCUCUACCGCAGUCGACGCAACUUCAUCCGAGAGAAUCGUAUUAUCCGCAUAGACCUUCUAUGAAUACAGGCGACAGAAAUAGAGGGCUUUCAGUAAACUCGUCGAUUGUGGAUGAUGAUGACCAGUUUCAACUUUCCCGCUCUCAAGUUGCAGCACGACAAGCAGUAUCCAAAGAUCUGCCUACGUUUUCGGGCAAUCCAGAGGAGUGGCCAGUUUUCAUAUCCAUGUAUAAUCGAACGACCACGAUGUGCGGAUUUACGGAGGAUGAAAACAUAGUUCGACUGCAGAAAAGCCUAAAAGGCAGAGCUUACGAUGCUGUCAAGAGUCGGUUGAUGCAUUCCGGAAACGUUCCUGGCAUUCUGUCCACUUUGAAGAUGCUGUUUGGUCAACCAGAGGUGAUCAUACAAUCGCUAAUUGGGAAGGUGAGCUCUUUAUCGUCGAUUCGAGAAGACAAGCUGGAAACGCUAGUGGACUUUGCGGUGAAUGUCCAAAACUUCUGUGCCACUGUAGACGCGUGUGGACUGCAGGAGUAUAUGUACAAUGUCACUCUACUACACCAGCUAGUCGGCAAGCUACCGCCAUCGCUCAAACUCAACUGGGCACAGCAUCGUCGAACACUGUCACUGGUCAAUCUGGCGACCUUCAGUGAGUGGAUUUAUGCCUUGGCGGAAGCAGCGAGUGUCGUCGUAUUCCUACCGGCGACACAUGACGGGAAGCCAACUGAAAACGAAGCGCGGGGGACUAAGAAAAGAAAUGCGUACCUCAACGCCCAUUCUGAAACGUUUCGUCCUAAAGACUACAGUAGCGAUUCGGAAGAACAGACUACAGUUGCAUCAACUUCGGGGAAGGAAUCCUGCCAAAUCUGCAAGGGAACUUGCAAGUCGGCCGACAAGUGCAAACGUUUUCUGGAACUGUCCAGGGAAUCACGUUGGGCCGUCAUAAGGGAAUUUGGAUUCUGCCGCACAUGUCUGCGCAUCCAUAAAGGAUACUGCAAAGCAAAACCAUGUGGUAAAGAUGGAUGCACCUACCGGCACCACAAGCUGUUGCACAACAAUUCGAAGGAAAAUCCGAAAAACACCGGAAGUACCACUGAACGUGAGCAAUCUUCGCAAUCCAGCACUAGCAAGUCCGGAUGCAACACCCACCAGACAACCGUCAGCUCAGUACUGUUCCGUUAUCUCCCAGUAGUGUUGUAUGGAAAAAAUACAGCUAUUCGCACGUACGCAUUCUUGGAUGAGGGUUCUGCGCUUACGUUGCUUGAUCAAGAGCUAGCUAACGAAUUGCAGCUUGAUGGCACUGUAAGCCCUUUGUGUCUCCGAUGGACUGGAGGAACCGAACGACACGAGGCGGAUUCUCACAUCUAUAAUCUUCACAUUGCUGGUGGCAAGAACGAAAGCAAGAAAUUCCUCUUGAGCGAUGUUAGGACGGUUAAAGAGCUACUGUUGCCGCAGCAAACGAUGGACAUGGCUAAGUUGUCACAGCUGUACCCACACCUUCGAAAUCUGCCGAUCGAUUCUUAUCGCGACGCUCGUCCACGCAUUCUAAUAGGGAUGAAGCACGCCCUGCUCAGUCUUGGCCUGAAAAAUCAAGAAGGGGAAAUCGGUCAACCAAUUGCUGUGAAGACACGGCUCGGAUGGACCGUGUGUGGAGGAUGGACUUCCCAGAACGAAGCGAGCCUACACCAUUACACCUUCCACGUUUGCCCCUGUAGUGUGAAGUCAGACGAGGAUUUACACCAAGCUAUGAAGGACUACUUCUCAAUAGACAGUCUCGGGUUGGUUAAAUCGGAGAAGGCGCUUUUGUCCGUUGAAGAUGAACGUGCAGUAUCACUGCUUCAAUCGCUUACCCGUCGUAAAGAUGAUCGAUACGAGUCCGGGCUGCUCUGGCGGUUCGAUGACGCCCGCUUGCCUGACAGUCGAUCAAUGGCGCUGCGGCGAUUCCAGUGCCUGAAGAAACGGAUGGAGAAGGACCCACAACUGUCUAAUACCCUGCAAGCGAAAAUUGCCGAGUAUGUGGAGAAGCAGUACAUCCGGAAGCUCACCGACGAAGAAAUCAACCAGAAGGUUCCGCGACGCUGGUAUUUGCCAAUCUUUCCCGUAACCAACCCAAAUAAACCUGGGAAGGUGCGAAUUGUGUGGGACGCAGCGGCCAUCGCCUAUGGAACGUCCCUGAACUCAACGCUGCUAAAAGGACCGGAUCUGUUGUGCUCUCUCCUCGCGAUUCUACUCCAGUUUCGGGAACGCCGUAUCGGACUGACCGGUGAUAUCCGUGAAAUGUUUCAUCAGGUACUGAUCCGAGCCGAAGACCAGUUAUGUCAGUGUUUCUUCUGGAUAGACGAGCAUGGAGCUAUAGUGGUGUACGUGAUGCGAGUGAUGACAUUCGGGGCCUGCUGCUCCCCCAGCACUGCUCAGUUCGUGAAAAAUACCAAUGCGGAACGAUUCGCGAGCAAAUAUCCAGCUGCCUGCGAAGCUAUCACGAAGUCGCAUUACGUAGACGAUAUGCUCGUUAGUGUGGAUACCGAAGAGCAAGCCAUCCAGUUGGCGAAGGACGUUAAGCAUGUACACGAGCAGGGCGGCUUCGAAAUCCGAAAUUGGGUUAGUAACUCGAGAAAAGUACUUGAAUCGCUACAGGAGACAGACACCGACGAAAAAUGUCUCGACUUAUCUCCGGAGCUGGCCACCGAGAAGGUGUUAGGCAUGUGGUGGAACACGAGCUACGACGUCUUCACCUACAAAGUGGGAUGGAGCCGCUACGACCCUGCUCUGCUAGGAGGCCAACGACGUCCAACGAAGCGGGAAGUGCUGCGUGUCCUAAUGACCAUUUUUGAUCCACUUGGCUUGAUUUCCCACUUUCUAUCGUUCCUGAAGAUCCUGCUCCAGCAAAUCUGGCGGUCCGGUGUGCAGUGGGACGAAGAAAUCGACGACAAUGCAUACGAAAAAUGGAACACAUGGUUGCAAGUUCUACCUAGGGUUGAACAGAUUCAAAUCCCUCGAUGCUACAACUCCAAAUACCCCGCGGAGGAAGCUGAUGAUAUCCAACUCCAUACGAUGGUGGAUGCCAGUGAAAACGGCAUGGCCGCUGUUUGCUAUCUGCGUUUCGUCAAGACCGGAACGAUCAUCUGUUCCAUCGUCGCCGCAAAAACGAGAGUCGCCCCGCUUAAGUUCACGUCGAUCCCAAGAAUGGAACUAGCAGCUGCAGUCCUUGGCGCCCGGUUGGCUCACGCUGUCGAAAGAUCGCUGUUCAUCCACAUCUGCAGAAAGGUGUACUGGUCAGAUUCUCGAGACGUCCUAUGCUGGAUCAACUCAGACCAUCGCCGCUAUAGCCAAUAUGUUGCUCACAGGAUCAGUGAGAUUGUAGAGAUUUCGGAAACACAUGAAUGGCGGUGGGUCCCGAGCAAGCUGAACUGCGCCGAUGACGCUACCAAGUGGAGUAGGCUACCAGAUAUGUCAUCUAAUCAUAGAUGGUACAAAGGAGCAGACUUUCUCUGGCGCGCUGAAGAAGAUUGGCCUCCAUCGCCAACACUUAGUGGUUCUACAGAGAAUGAACUUCGCCCUUCCUUCCUGGCUCAUCACGAACUAUUGGAACCCGUCAUAAGUGUCAGCAACUACUCAAGCUGGAAGAGGCUCGUCAAGGUUGCAGCACUCGUUCAUCGUUUUGCGAGUAAUUGUCGCCUGAAGCACGCCAGGAGACCGAUUCUCACGGGAACACUCACAGCAAACGACCUGCUUUCCGCCGGGUGUUUGCUGAUACGGCUCGCGCAACGGGAAACAUAUCCUGACGAAAUUGCUGUUCUUCAGAAGGCAUCGCGAUGCCCUGACUCCUGCACAAGUACUAUCCCGAAAACCAGCUCACUCUACCCGUUAACACCAUGGUUGGACGACCAUGGAAUCAUGCGUAUGCGAACUCGUAUCGCUGCUUGUCAAUAUGCUACUGAUGACGCGAAGCACCCAAUUAUUCUCCAUCGAAAUCACCACACCACCACCCUGAUCGUAGCAUACUACCACCUCAAAUACCACCAUCAGAACCACGAGACCGUUAUCAACGAAAUACGGCAGAAAUUUCGCAUCCCUCAUUUACGCACCUGUUACGAGCCAGUGAGGAAAACUUGCCAGUGGUGUAAGAACCAGCACGCAGCACCCAGCCCACCUUACAUGGCAGAUCUUCCGCCAGCCCGCCUCGCUGCUUUCUCGCGACCAUUUACACAUGUGGGAGUGGACUACUUUGGGCCGAUUGAAGUCGUCGUCGGAAGGAGAGUCGAGAAGCGGUGGGGAAUGUUAGCCACCUGCCUGACCGUGCGAGCAAUCCACAUAGAAGUCGUGCACUCGCUUUGCACAAGCUCCUGCAUCAUGGCGAUCCACAACUUCAUUGCACGGCGUGGUACUCCUCAGAAGAUUUACAGUGACCGUGGCACGAACUUCAUCGGUGCAAAUCGGGAAUUGAAGCAAGCCAACGAAGCAGUCCACCAACACGAACUGAUGAGAGAGUUCACGAGCUCCGGAAUUGAAUGGGUGUUCAACCCACCUCUGUCGCCACAUAUGGGUGGCAGUUGGGAGCGAUUGAUUCGCACCGUCAAGAACAACUUGAUGGUUGUAUGUUCGUCGAAGAGGCCGUCCGACGAAGUACUCCGCAACUUGUUGAUCGAAGUGGAGAAUACCGUGAACUCGCGACCGCUAACGCACGUGCCGAUAGACGAGGAUUCAGCACCAGCACUGACACCGAACCACUUUCUGCUUGGCUCGUCCAACGGGUCAAAACCGCUUGUUAACUUUGAUGAUACCGGUGCGAUCCUAAGGCAGAACUGGUGCACAUCGCAGAUACUUGCAAACCAAUACUGGAAGCGUUGGGUAUCGGACUACCUGCCAGAGAUUACCCGCCGUACCAAGUGGUUUCGUCGGGUAAAGCCGAUUGCCGUGGGCGAUAUUGUGGUCAUCGCCGAUUCCAACAUGCCCCGCAACUGUUGGCCGAAGGGGAAAGUCAUCGGCAUUAAAGUCAGCCAGGACGACCAGGUUCGGUCCGCAACCGUAAGAACAGUGAGUGGUAUCUACGACCGCCCGGCGACGAAGCUUGCUGUUUUAGACGUCCGGUGCGACGGAGAGUAA